UUGAGAAUUGUAGGUUCAAUAUAACUUAACGUCAUGAUUGCAUCUACCUUUCCUAUUAUUCCGUGUUCAACAGAAGAAACUAUAGCAAAAGAAACAGGAUUGAACGUAAUUAUUGACAAACAUGGAGUGAAAAAAUUAGCGGAAGAGGUGAUAGAGUUCAUGUCUGAUAAUAAGUAUACAUCAUGUACCCGACAAUUACCCAAGCUCUAUCCUUCUUUCUUCGAUAUUAAAGCUGGGGAUUGGCUAUUUUUAUUGCAUACGUUAAAUUUUUCGCUCUGGAUACCAAAUAGUACUAAACAAUGGACAGUUAAUAAUUACACAGGAUUCUGGGCAUUAUGUGCCGCCAUCAAAAGAGCUAUCGAUGAUAAUAAAUUAAUUUGGGAUCCCAAUUAUUACAUGACCAUUACACCGACGGAGAUGAAAUACAUUUUUCGAGGAGAUGAUGAAAUUAUCCUUCCGUAUUUAGAAGAAAGACGUAUUAUUUUGCAUCGCGUCGGAAAAAUUUUAAAGAAGAAAUAUGGGGUCUGUGCUGUGGCCUUAAAAGAGCGGGAUGCGCAGCGUCGUUCGACGGAACGUACGGAAAUGGAACUUGGAAGGUCGGGAGCGGAAAUGCAGUCCAGUGCAGUGGAAUGUUAUUAUGGCGGUGUUGGAUAA